AUGGAAGAAACAUUAAGAAGAGAUAUUAGGAAGAUUGACGCAACCUGUGUGGACCAAGAGACGAUCAGGUCGCUCAUAAAGCCGUACCAUGGGACAACGACCCUUGCCUUUAUCUUCAAGGAAGGAAUGGUCAUAGCUGUGGACUCAAGGGCAACGUCUGGAUCUUACAUAGCCUCCCAAACAGUGAACAAGGUGAUCAACAUCAACAAGAAUUUGCUCGGGACAAUGGCGGGCGGAGCUGCAGACUGCCUUUUCUGGGAGAAUCUCAUGGGCUUGUACGCAAAGAAUUACGAGCUUACCAACGGAAGGAGGAUAACAGUGGCUGCAGCGAGCAUGUAUCUGAGCAACUGUGUGUACAGAUACAAGGGAUACGGCCUUUCCAUGGGGACGAUGAUAUGCGGAUAUGAUAGCAGCGGCCCAAGCAUUUACUAUGUUGACGACGAUGGAAAGAGGGUCAGCGGCAGUCUGUUUUCUGUGGGAAGUGGGUCCACAAUAGCCUAUGGGAUUCUUUCUUCAUCCUACAGAUUUGAUAUGGACAAGGAUGAGGCCUUGAACUUGGGAAGAGAUGCCAUUUUCCAUGCAGCACAUCGGGAUGCUUUCUCCGGGGGGCUUAUCAACCUUUACUACAUGAAUGAGGAUGGAUGGACCAAAGUUGGUUCCUACGAUGUUAACGAAUUCGACAAAGAGUAA